UAUGUCCACAAUAUUUCGUUUCGUGCAGCUGACACUUACACAAAACAAAUAAAAGCACGACUGAAUGUUCCGUUACUACGAAUAUCCAGUCGAAUAGAAAAUACAAGUGAUUGUCAUUCAGUACAAGAUGCUGUCCCUGAGGUGCCUAGCUUUGGUGCUGUUCCUGGCAACAUUUGCAAAGUGUUACAUUUGCCCGGAUUGGAUGCCGGCUUUUUCCUGGUCUCGGUGGAUGGUGCACGGCGACUGCUCCCUGUUGUGUGGUGGGGAAGGUUUUGUAGAACAGUAUCGUCGACGUCGUGUAUGUUCUCCUCACGACAUUGUCUUCGAAUCGCAGUUAAGAAAUGGCACAUGCCACACCAGCUCGUGUGGAAAUUGGUGCCCGCUAGGUGUGAACAGAUUUCUGCCACACUCAUCGAACCCAAGUCGAUUUUACCAGUGUUCAGGUGGGAAAGCGUUUCUUCACCGGUGUCCACCCACGACCGUCUGGGGACAAGCUCUAGGGAGAUGCGCAUGGCCAUCGGAAGUCAAGUAAAGCGAAUGAUAUUGACCUUCAUGAUUUCCUUGACGUCAUUGUUAUUUUGCCGUAAUAUUCCAGUAAUAUUAACUAUCGUAAAAUUGUAAACGUAUUAAUGCAAGUUGAAUAAAUUUAAUGCAAUA